UUCCGAGUCCGGUGAGAAUCCCAUUUCUUUCUUCUCCUCUCUUUUGUGGAGAAGCACAAACAAACACCUUUUGAAGAGGAGGUAGAGAUGCGGACCAGAAACCAAUCCAAGCGCAACAAAGAAGAAGACCCAACCGGCGGUUCAACUUCUACCCCGAAACUGCACGGUGGCGAUGAUGAGGAGGAGGGUUCCCUUGCAAGAAUAUCUAAGGAGGCAGUUGAAAAGCUCCUCAGUAGGGCUAAUUCUAGGAGGGGAAGGAAAGAAUGCCGGAAGAGUGAAGAUACAAAAGAGACAUUGCCAAGAGAAGAAAAUAAAGGUAAUAAAGAGCACAUUCAGUAUUUUGGUUUGAAACGUUGUAUCACUGAGAAUGCAGAACAAAGCACAUCAAAUGUGGGGGAAGGUAUGGAUGGAAGUAUUCAGUGUGAUGCAAAUGAAAUGGACUGGGAAGAGGGUAUGAUUUCUAUAUCAGAAUUUAAGGAGGAGAAUGUUACUGUUGAAUUUGUAGAUUCAUCAUCCUCUGCUCAGAGGAAGCGAUCGCGUAAGGCAUCUGCUGAAGAUAAGGAAUUAGCAGUGCUUGUGCACAAAGUCCAUUUACUAUGCCUACUGGCAAGGGGUAGGUUAGUAGACAAUGCUUGCGAUGAUCCUCUGAUCCAGGCUUCUAUUCUUUCCCUUCUACCAUCAUUAUUAUUGAAGAUAAUGGAGACUCCAGGACUUAAAGCUAACAUGCUGGGAUCGCUCGUACGCUGGUUCCAUGAAAAUUUUCGUGUCCGAAGCCAAACUAUUGAUAGGGGAUCGUUUCACUCAAAUCUGGCAUAUGCUCUUGAAGCUCGUGAAGGAACUGCUGAAGAGGUUGCAGCUCUGUCAGUGGCACUAUUCAGAGCUCUCAAUCUAAGAACUAGGUAUGUGUCCAUUCUAGAUGUGGUUUCUUUGAAGCCAGAUACUGAUGCGUCUGGAACAUUGAUAAAUGAUGCACCUCGGCUGGACACAAGGUUAUAUUCUUCCACAACUGCUGUGGCAAGUUCUUUCAAUCCUGCAGAAUCAAUCGAUAGUGAAAAAGAUCAUAAUGCUCAUGAAUCACAAAGUGGCAAUCUGCAUAAAAAAGAGAGAAAAUCAACCUGCAAGAAGAAACUGCUUAAAGGUGUCAACAUGACUAAACAAAUAGACGAUGGAUCUGGUAAUUCUAGUGAAAUAAAAUCAUGCAAGGACAAUUUGGGUUCUUGUCCUACCGAGUCUCCUCAUGUGUCAAAAAGGAAAGGAGAUUUAGAGUUCGAGUUGCAGAUGGAAAUGGCUCUUUUCGCCACUGCAGCUGGAACUCAUGACAGUAUGAUGGAACCUGAAUUACAUGAAUCAUUGAGUAGUUCAUCUUCUCUCGCUUCCCCAUUGAAAAAGCUGAAGGAAAUUAACCCUUCGGCUUUGACAAACAGUGGUUCUAGUGCUAUCUGGUCAAGAAAGCAUGGUCCUACUUUGUGUUGGGCAGAAGUCUAUUGCAGCAUGGAGACAUUGAAUGGAAGGUGGGUGCACGUAGAUGCUGCUAAUGGAGUUGUAGAUGGCGAAGAAAAAGUUGAAGCUGCUGCUGCUGCAUGUAGAAGGCCUUUGAAAUAUGUUGUUGCUUUUGCUGGAAAUGGUGCUAAAGACGUCACCCGAAGGUACUGCAUGCAGUGGUACAAGAUUGCCCCUCGACGAAUAAACUCAGACUGGUGGGAUACAGUGUUGGCACCAUUGAAGGAGUUAGAAUCUCGUGCAUAUGCUGGACUGAAAGCUUUCAAGGAAAAUGUUUCUUCUAACUUGGGUACAAAAAGUUCAGAAUUGCUCCAUCCUGCAGGUUGCAAUUUAAUCAAAUCUUCUUCUAGUCAAGGCUGUACAUGUAACAAAGAUUUGUCUAUUGGCAUCUCACUUGAGGACGUGGAACUGGAAACAAGGGCACUAACUGAGCCUCUUCCUACUAGCCAGCUAGCUUAUAAAAGUCAUAACCUGUAUGUUAUUGAAAAAUGGCUUACCAAGCAUCAGAUCCUUCACCCAAAAGGUCCUGUACUUGGUUAUUGUUCUGGUCAUCCCGUUUAUCCUCGAUCCUGUGUUCAGACGCUACAAACAAAGCAGAAAUGGUUGCGCAUGGGUUUACAAGUUAAAGUAAAUGAGCUUCCAGCUAAGACAAUAAAGCAUUCAAAAAAGAAUGGAAAUGUUCAGAUAUCUGAACCUAAUAUUUCUGAAGAAGAAGAUGGGGAAACCACCAUUGAGCUAUAUGGAAAGUGGCAAUUGGAACCAUUACAACUUCCUCAGGCUGUAAAUGGAAUUGUGCCAAAGAAUGAGUGGGGUCGAGUGGAUGCAUGGUCAGAGAAGUGCCUGCCUCCAGGCACAAUACACCUGAGAUUGCCUGGACUGGCUUCUGUUGCUAAGAGGCUAGGUAUUGAUUUUGCACCUGCUAUGACUGGAUUUGAGUUUCGAAAUGGUCGUUCUUUUCCUGUCUAUGAAGGGAUUGUAAUCUGCACUGAGUUCAAGGGUGCUAUAAUGGAGGCAUAUGAAGAGGAAAAAGAGAGGAGAGAAUCCGAGGCGAAGAAGAGGAAUGAAGCCCAAGCUCUGUCUCGGUGGUUCCAGUUGCUCUCCUCCAUUGUAACCAGGCAGCGGUUACAGAACUCAUAUGCCAACUCUUCAUCCUUGCAAACUCAAAGCAAUAACAAUGAUGUUGCUGAAAGUAACAGUUUUGAGGAUGAGAAAAAGUUGAGAGGAAGAUCGGGAAGAAUCGUACAAGAAGCCAAGAAGGUGGUUUUGCCUCUGCAGGAUGACCAUGUACAUGUCUUCCUUAUAGAAGACCAGAGCUUUGAUGAAGAGAGUGGGAUCAGAACGAAAAAGUGCCCUUGUGGAUUCUCUAUCCAAGUUGAAGAAUUAUAGUACUUGUUCUGUUCUCUUUAUUAAUUAAAUUGGAGUAGCGUAGCUGCAAUGUUCAGUAGAUCCAUCCAUGAGAUAGCAUAGCUAGCUCUGAGCAAGUAUUAUUUUGGGUCUUCAUUCAGUGGAUGUACAAAUGUAAAUUGAAGCGAGCUACAAAAGGCCAAGCUUUUAUUUGGUUUAACUGUUGUAAUGGGAACUUACUCUGAAUUUUUUGUCUGGUUAAGCUUUUUGUCCCUAUGGAGCUGGUUGCUUUCUUUUGUAGUA